AUGACUGCUGUUCACUCAUACGAUCCCCACGUCCGCAAUGAUGAUAGACAAAACAAUCGACCCUCAAUUCACGAACAUUUGUCUGCCACUGAGGUCGCCAACUCCAUACUCGAUCGCGCGGUAGAGUUACAUCUUCUACAAGGCUCCGGCGCUGAGGGUCAAUCCGGUUGCUCGAUUCACUUCGCCAAAGACACUUCGUACUCCACACAAACCGUCGCUGUCGUGAAAGUCUUCCCGCCUGCCUGCCACUCAGAUUUCCUCGAAGAAGUGACAACCUACCGGAAACUACGUUCCCUACCCAACCCUCCCGCCGCCGCCGGUAUAAUUGGGGUGGGGAUCUUUAAAGACCCGCAGUCGCAGGAGGAAAGAAGAGUGAUUGUUUACCAACUCGCACCUGGAAAGGCCAUCAACACGAUAAUUCGCGACAUCGGACGGGUUACAACACUCCAGAGAAUUACGCAACUUUCACUUCACGAUGAGAGGCUUAGAAUCGGACUGGAUGGUCUAAUCAUCAACGAGCUGGACGAUAUGAGCGUGCCCUUCAAAUCUACCGACGAGAAUACAUACUAUGAAGGUCUUUACGAAUUGCUUCAAUCUCGCUUUGAUCGGUUGAUGAAAGAUUUAUUCUCAUCUGUUCGGGACGUGGCUAUCGAGCUCUCCAAACUUCAUAAAGUGCAAGGUCAAUGGAGUGAGGCUAGUGAGAGUGUUGUCCAAAAGAUUCGGUCCAAGCUGCGGGACUGGAUUGAAGAAAUCCACCGAUGCUCACGAGAUCAGUACGAAGAAGCCAUUGGAGCAGCGAAACUGCAACGUUUAACUCAUAUUGUUGAUCACGCUAUCGGCCAGUCCCAAUGCAAAGGCCUAGCAUCUCUCCUCCAUGGUGAUGCCUCGUCUGGAAACUUCUUUUGGCAUCCUACUUCUGGCAUUACAAUGAUUGAUUAUGGUGGUCUGGCUCGUUCAAUCGAUCCAGAAGACCAACCUAUUGGCCCAGCCGAGAUGGAUGUCGCCGGCUUCUACGAGCGGCUUCGUAAAUAUUCUGGCCAAUUCGGCAUGAGAGAGAGUGAUAUUUCCCGUGUCCAGGCAGAAUUUUGGAAAGCGUACCGAGCACAAGGUGUGCCACUCAGUGAGGGCAUAGUCCAGCUAUUCCGAACACGCACACAACUUUCCAGGCUAUGGUCUGCAGUUGCAAAGCUGACUGCACGAAAAGGAGACACCGGGCUCACUCAACUGCAGGAAAAGGUAGAGCUAGAGUGGGCUCAUCUUGAACACAUCUUCCCUCAGCUCGACCAGUCGCGACGGGUGCUUUUCGUUGCCAAUACUAGCGGGCCGGGUAAAGGAGGCCUACCUUUUUUAAAUCAAGAGAUGGUUCGUGCUAUGUCCCAACUACCUCAUACAUCAGUGACUCUCUUGGUGGUUGAAACGGAUCAAGAAAAGAAGAAACCGAUCUCAUCGCAUGGUUCGGCCAAGGUAAUCACCAUCCCAGCUGGGGAAUGUGAGCCAAGCGCCUUGCUUUACAGCGCCGCAAAAGUUCAUCAUCCUAAUGAAUUCGGUCUUCCCUCUCCUGAUCAAAACGACUUCACAUCAUUCGACCUUAUUAUCGGCCACUCGAGAUAUUCCAGCACCGCCGCGUCUUUGAUUCGUCAACGAUGGUAUCCAUCGGCCAAAUUAGCUCUCAUUACUCAUACCAGCGCGUUGCGGAAAUCCGAUCUCGCUUGGAUGUGGUACGGACAAAGUCGAGAAUUGGGCUAUGUUGAAGCCGCUCGGCUAGCGAUGCUUGAUGAGAAGAUUCUCCCGAACGCGGAUCUUGCCGUGGGCGUUGGGCCGGCUCUCACAGCAGAAGCCCGAGAACGCGAGUGGAUGGGACAGUGCAGUCGCAAGCGAUCGAGUAUAACAGGACCUCGAUUUCACGAACUUGUACCUGGGGUGCAUAUUCUCGACAGCAUCCAGCCUAAGCGGCAACCAAACGACACGUUCCAUGUUCUUCUGGCGGGCCGAGCGGAUGAUCCAGCUAAAGGACUUGAUGAUGCCGUUUAUGCCGUCCUUAGAAUUGCAUUACUUGGUCACGACAUUGUCCUCCAUGUCCUUGGAGUCCCUCAAAAUGAGCUGCAGGAAAGGCAGGGUCGCAUUGACGAGAUGACUGGGAUGCCUGGCCUCAUCCAGUUGCUCCCUUUCUCUGACGAUCACACAACGGUUUUGAAAUAUUAUCGCCUUCAAGACCUUGUCAUCAUGCCAUCCACGCACGAAGGCUUCGGGAUGAUCUUCACUGAAGUUGCUGGAUUGGGAAUUCCCAUCCUAGUGACACAAGACAGUGGUGCCGCUCAAUUUGCGCUGGACCGCGAGCGCAUUCCUGCCGCAGUGGGCCAAUCAUGUGUUGUGAUGGACGAGAGUGCAUAUGGUAUUGAGCCAUCGCUGAGAAGUGAACGUGUCACCAUAUGGGCACAUCGCAUCGAUCAAGUACGGUGUCAUUUGGAUCAAGCUCGAAUGCAUGCUUUGACCCUACAGAAGAUCAUGGAAAAGUAUUCUUGGGAACAUGCUGCGAAAGCACUGCUUACUGCGGCUUUGCGAAGUGACACAGACACUAUUCAAAUGGCAAACGGGGCUAUUUCACAAAAAUCAAAGGCUGUUCUAUCCUUGACUUCAGAUGUCACCGCGGCAAUGCAUCUAGCGGUCCAAACACGCAAUCGGGAAGGCAGACCUAAUCCACAACUUGCCUCAAAUGUUCUUCACAGCUUACCAGAGAUCGAACCGACAAUAUUUGCGCUCGAAAAGUAUGUGUCUCAUGCACUCGGAAGCCCCAUUCGCUUGAGAAAUAUGGACUCCACUCAUCCACAAGGCUUCUCCGGGGCGGUCAUUCUAUUUGCAUAUGCUGAUGAGUACCCUGUGGAGGAAGAACUGCCUGUUACACCUACAGAUACAGCCGAGGGCCUUGUGGUUGCCGUUGUUAAGCUCUUCGUUCAUGGCCUGGACAAUGGAAUCACCGAGGAACUUUCCAGCCUGGAGUGGAUGCUCUUGCGCGCAAAAGGAAGCAUCAAAACUGCUGCACCUCUCACAGUUGGGAAAACUAUUUGGCAGAACAAUAUGGCCGGUGUGGUGACAUAUAAAGUGGCUCAAGGCGUGUCACUUUAUCAACUCAUGAUCCAAAUUUGUUCCAUGUCGAAAGGACCUGCGAGAGAGAAACUUGUGAUGGUCCUUAAGAAAGGAAUUCAAGAAGUCGCAAGAACCUUACUCAAGCUCCAUUCCUAUGGUGUGGAAGAAAAAUCUGGAAUAGACUACCUGCAGUGGUAUUUGGAGGCUGCGAAGAACCGAGUUGAGCAGGCGUUCCAACAUCGCGAUGUUCUCCACCGGGCAGGACUCGAUGUCGAUGAACUCGCUCGGCAAAUGCACGGUCUCACAACAGAAUGUGAGAAUUAUGUGAACAACACACCAUACGCGGCUGUUGUACAUGGUGACGCCCAUCCAGGAAACUUCUUUUACGACCAUGCGACAGGCCAGGUGACCGUUAUCGACUGCACCACGCUACAUUCAUCCUUGGAUGUAAACGGAGAAGCAGAUGGUGUACUAGAGCGAGAUCUUGGUCAUUUCGUGCAUAUGUUACGGCGAACAGGUGAACAGUAUGGCAUGACGGAGUCAGAGAUGAAAACGUGUAUCUCAGCCUUUAUGGAUGUAUAUACACUACAACGGCCGGGAGUGAGCAUUCCGACUAUUCGAAUGCUCAUGGUUUGCUCAUCCUUGUCAUUUUUGAACCGUUCGGCACACUCAGACGAUGGCAAGCUUUGUGCCCAAGCCAAGAUUGUACAAGAUUUACUAUGUUUUGGGUCGAAAUGGCACUUGACUUAG